UGCCACGGCGUUCAGCGUGCAUCAGAUCCUGGUGAUGGGUCGGAGGGAUUUCAGUGCGUUCGGCAGCCAUGGAGCCGCGGAUCACGUCUCGCUGAAGCAUUUCAAUACACUCACAGACGCCAAAUCCUACCUCCAGUAGUGGAGAUCGUGGACAAUGCACGCCCCAUACAGUCACAUCCAUUCACUGGCAACACCGCUUUUCUCCUUGGCAAUGAGCAUGGCCCCGGGACCGCGUCCCUCAACGUCAUUGUCGCUGCCUCCAUCGUCCUGCACCACUUCGCUG